AUGGGCUUAGAGCGUAUCGACCUGAGAUUUAGAGGAGAUGAUAUUGACAAACUGUUAUUAAAGGCUGAGUGCAAAUGGAUAUAUAAUUUGAACUCACUACAGCCAAGUGUCUCUGAACAGUUUGCACAGAUACAGAACACUGGUAUAAUUAAUGAUAAUCUGUCUCAGGGAGAGCGUAAAGCCUUGAAUGAACUUAUGUUUCAUAAAGAAUUGGUCAUUAAACCGGCCGAUAAGGGCGGAAAUGUUGUGAUCUUGGAUCAGAACUAUUAUAUCAGUGAAGCUAUACGCCAACUUUCUGAUAAUGACCAAUACACCUCUGUGACUUAUGAUGAUUUUCAGAAAUCACAUAAUGAGUUAUUAUUUCUUCUAAAUGAUGCUAGGAUAUCUAAUUUAAUUACCACCCAAGAACAAGGCUAUUUGUAUAAUGCAAAACCAAAGAUUCCAGUUUUUUAUUGGAUUCCCAAAAUUCAUAAAUCACUAUCAAAACCUCCAGGUCACCCCAUGAUCUCUGGGAUGGGGGGCCCUACUGAGGGUAUUAGCAGAGACGUGGACCAUUUGUUACAACCUUUUUCCUGGUCUAAUUUCACUAUAUUGUCAUAUCUACAAACUCAGCUCAUGGACUACAGAGCACCCAGCACAUCUGAACUUAAAGAUGUUGACUUAAUUAAUCAGAUUCUCAGUGACAUAAAUAACAGUAUCCCCAGUAUCAUUGUCACCAGCUUGAACACCACCACCUGUGCUACAAAGUGUCGAGUCCAGAUAUUGGAUCCUGCACAAAAAUACUCUGUUGGAGACUUUUUAACAGUUCAAGUGGAAAUGUUUGAUUAUCUGGGCCAAAGGAAGACCUAUGGUGGAGACUUCUUCAGGGCCAGAAUUUAUUCCACUAAACUUAAGGCAGGGGCAUCUGGGACUGUUCGUGAUUUUAAUAAUGGCACCUACCAUGUCUACUUCACUCUAUUUUGGGAAGGUGAUGUGACAAUAUCAAUUAUUUUAAUGCAUCCAAGUGAAGGAGUGUCAGCUUUAUGGAAAGCAAGAAACAUGGGAUAUCAAAAUAUUUACUAUACAGGAAAAUUUCUCAACAAAACCAAAGAGGUUCAUACAGAAUGUGGAUUUAUUCUGGAUUCUCCAGAAGGGAAAUGUGAGUACUCAGAUAAGAGAAAGGAAGAACACUUUUACUGCAUCAAGCCUCCAGGAGUGCCGUGUGAGGCCCUGAUAGCUAUGAAGAGCAACAACAGACCCCAUACAUAUCUCAGCAACUUGGAAAAAGGUCUCUUCAAUGGGUCUAAUAUGGCUGUAGAGAUUGCUAAAGAGCUGAAAAUAGUCAUGGUUCAAAAGAAUCAAACUUCUGUUUCCGGCAAGCCUUCACAGGGCUUCACAGGGCCUUCACAGGGCUUCACAGGGCUUCACAGGGCCUUCACAGGACUUCACAGGGCCUUCACAGGGCUUCACAGGGCCUUCACAGGGCUUCACAAGGCCUUCACAGGGCUUCACAGGGCCUUCACAGGGCUUCACAGGGCCUUCACGGGGCUUCACAGGGCUUCACAGGGCCUUCACAGGGCUUCACAAGGCCUUCACAGGGCUUCACAGGGCCUUCACAGGGCUUCACAGGGCCUUCACGGGGCUUCACAGGGCUUCACAGGGCCUUCACAGGGCUUCACAGGGCCUUCACAGGGCUUCACAGGGCCUUCACAGGGCCUUCACAGGGCCUUCACAGGACUUCACAGGGCCUUCACAGGGCUUCACAGGGCUUCACAGGGCCUUCACAGGACUUCACAGGGCCUUCACAGGGCUUCACAGGGCCUUCACAGGGCUUCACAGGGCCUUCACAGGGCUUCACAGGGCCUUCACAGUGCCUUCACAGGGCUUUACAGGGCUUCACAGGGCCUUCACAGGGCCUUCACAGGACUUCACAGGACUUCACAGGGCCUUCACAGGGCUUCACAGGGCUUCAAGCUCCAUAUGGAGCUUGAUAAAUAUGCCCUCAUGUCUCUACCAUCACAACAUUUUCCAUAUUUAAGAAACGAGUAUUUGACCCGAAAUUAUACAAAAGACAACUCCAAAUGUGUGACUGGGAUGUUGUUGCCUUUCCCAAGUGGUUAUUUCUUCAAUAAUCUUUGGCAUCCUGUGUUUUGCAAUAUCUCUUCAUUUGAGCCCUUGUCUAAGAUUAAAACCUGUUUAUCCAGGAAAAUGAUUUACCUCAUGGGAGAUUCCACCAUUCGACAAUGGAUAGAAUUCAUUCCUGCAGUUAUGCCAAAUGUGAAGUUUUUUGACCUUCAUGGAUUUGGCUGGCAAAAGGAAUUGUUAGCAUUGGACUUGGAAAGGAAUAUGUACAUCAUGUGGAAGAAGCACGGGCAUCCUUUUGUGACACAAAGUUUCUUUACAGUUAAAAAUCAUGCUUAUAUAGCACAAGAUAUUGACAGAGUAGCUGGUGGUUCCAGCACAGUUAUUGUCAUUGCCUUGGGACAGCAUUUCCGUCCCUUCCCUCUUAUUGUGUUCAUCAGAAGACUUCUCAGUGUGCGGAACGCCAUAGUGCGCCUCUUUCAUCGCAGUCCAGACACAAAAGUCAUAAUCAAGUCUGAGAAUACAAGAGAUGUCAACGCAGAUGUAGAGAUAUUCAGCGACUUUCAUGGUUAUGUUCAAUAUCUCUUAAUGAAAGACAUCUUCCAAGGGCUUAAUGUUGGGGUUAUUGAUGCUUGGGAUAUGACAACAGCCUUUGGCUCAUUCAAUGUACAUCCUCCAACAGAUGUAAUCAGGAACCAAAUCAACAUGUUCUUGACUUAUAUAUGUGAUUUAUAA